AUGGUUUAUCAAGAUGUUAUGGUUGGAAAACGAUGUGAAAAUGCAAGUGAUUUUGUACAAUUGAUUCGAGAUAAAAAUAUUCCUAUGAUCGUCGAUCAAUUAUUAAUAAGUGAAAUUGACGAUACUGGCGAAAAUCGAACAGCGUUAUAUGAUAAUGUCAAGACUGCACCUAAUAUUCAAAAAAUACACUAUACCUAUGCUACAUGUUGA